CUUUCAUUUCUCCCUUUUUUCAAAAGAAGGAAGGUUGUAGGGUAGGUUGGGCGAGCAGCUGGUACAGACACAACCUGGAAACAGUGAAGCUGUUAAGUCAUGAAGCUUGCUGUGCUUUUCUCAGGGAUCGUGCUGGGGCUACUGGCAGCCCAAGGAACAGGAAAUGACUGUCCUCGUAAGAAAUCUGCCACUCUGCUGCCGUCCUUCACGGUGACACCUACAGCUACAGAAAGCACAACAAGCCCUGGAACAACCAGCCACAGAACUACCACCACAGGAACCAGCCAUGGACCCACAACAGCUACUCAUAAUCCUGUCAGCACGACCAGCCAUGGAAAUGCCACAGGCACCAGCCACGGACCUACAACAGCUACUCAUAAUCCUGUCAGUACAACAAGCCAUGGGAAUGUCACAGCUCAUCCAACAAGCAACAGCACUGCCACUAGCCCAGGAUCCUCCAGCAGUCCCCCCCACCCAGGACCACCUCCACCUUCUCCAAGUCCUAGCCCAGGCUCCAAGGCAGCGGUAGGAGACUACACUUGGACUAAUGGGUCUCAGCCCUGUGCCCGUCUCCAAGCCCAGAUUCAGAUUCGAGUUCUGUACCCAACCCAAGAUGGAAGAGAGGCUUGGGGCAUCUCUGUACUGAACCCUAACAAAACCAAGGCCCAGGGUGGCUGUGAGGGUGCCCAUCCCCACUUGCUUCUCUCAUUCCCCUAUGGACAGCUCAGCUUUGGAUUCAAGCAGGAGCCACAGCAGAGCAUGGUUUACCUGAAUUACACAGCUGUGGAGUAUAAUGUAUCCUUCCCGCAGGCAACGAAGUGGACGUUCUCAGUUCAGAAUUCAUCCCUUCAAGAACUCCAAGCCCCACUGGGCCAGAGCUUCAGUUGCAGAAACGCAAGCAUCAUUCUUUCACCAGUUUUCCACCUCGACCUGCUCUUCCUGAAGCUACAAGCUGCUCAUCUACCCUCAACAGGGGACUUUGGGCCAAGUUUUUCGUGUCCUAGUGACCGAUCCAUCUUGCUGCCUCUUAUCAUCGGCCUGAUCGCCCUCGGCCUGCUUGCCCUGGUGCUUGUUACCUUCUGCAUCUUCCGGAGACGCCCAUCCACCUACCAGCCCCUCUGAGCAUUUGUCCCAACACCCAGGGCACCAGGAGAUGCUGUCAUUUCUUACCACUCAACUGACUCAGUGACAAAGUUUUCUUCUUCCCUCUCUGACUUGAAGAAUAAAAAUAGAACGCAAUUGGGAGAACUGAAGCGAGAUGUUUAUUAAAUGUGAAAUUCUCCCUCUCCCAUUCCUAGUAGUAGAAUAAUAAAAUGUACUCAAUCUUUA